AUGCGCUUCCCAUGUGAUAAAAGCAUACCAACAACCGGUAACAGCAAUGCCAUCAAGCUAUGGAAGUCAUUCGUGAAAGCGGAGAUUGAUUUGAAAGACUACCCUCGGAUCCCCAAGCACUACUUUUCGAAAGACCCCAUUUUCUCAAGAGUUUCGGAGCUUUUCAGAAGCCAGAGAGUCAUCAAGGCUGAUUGA